AUGACUCCAACUUCCCGAUUUUAUUUGGCGCGCGUCCUGUCCCGCUUUCUGAUCUGCUCCACCCUCAUCCUGGCUCUCAGUGUGGCCCUUAAGACCCGCUUCCGUCUCUCCUUCUUCCCCUCCUUUACUUCUCCCCAUCACACCGCAAUCAUGUCCUACACACAAGAACGCUAUAUCGCCGAGCUGGCCGUCCAGCGUGCCUCCCUCCUGACCCAGAAGGUCUUCUUCGAGAAGGCUAAGGGUACCGUCUCCAAGGACGACAAGUCCCCUGUCACCAUUGGCGACUUCGGCGCCCAAGCCCUGAUCAUCCAGGCCAUCCGCAAGAACUUCCCCAACGAUGAGAUCGUCGCCGAAGAGGAGUCCAGCUCCCUGUACGAGGACAAAGCUCUGAGCGCUGAGAUCUGGCGUCUGGUCAAGGACAUCAAGCUGGACGACGCUGAGAGCGAUAGCAUCCUCGGUGGUCCCCUCGCCAGCGAGGAGGAGAUGCUGAAGAUCAUCGACCAGGGUAACAGUGCUGGUGGUGCUUCCGGUCGUAUCUGGGCUCUUGACCCUAUCGACGGUACGAAGGGUUUCCUCCGUGGUGGCCAGUACGCUGUCUGCCUUGGUCUGAUUGUUGACGGCGACGUCAAGGUCGGUGCUAUUGGUACCCCCAACCUGCCCGUUGAUGAUGCUGCCACCAUUGACGCCAGCACUGGUGCCCAGCAGGCCGAUUCGUCGGCUAACGGUGUUCUUUUCGCCGCUGUUCAAGGCGAGGGCGCUACCAGCCGUCCUCUCGUGAGCGGUGCUCUGGCUGCUAGCAAGUCCAUCUCCAUGCGUCCCGUCCCCGAUAUCGCACAGGCUGUCUUCUGUGAGGGUGUUGAGGCCGCCCACUCUGCUCAGGGCGAUAAUGCCGCUGUUGCUAGCCUUCUGGGUAUCACUGCCCCGAGCGUGCGACUAGACUCACAGGCCAAGUACUGCUCCAUUGCUCGCGGUGCUGGUGACAUCUACCUCCGUCUGCCCGUGAAGAAGGACUACCAGGAGAAGAUCUGGGACCACGCUGCUGGUGACAUCAUUGUCCGUGAGGCCGGUGGUCAGGUCUCUGAUAUCUACGGCAACCGCUUGGACUUCAGCAAGGGCAGGACCUUGGCUGCUAACAAGGGUGUUGUUGCGGCCCCUAAGGCCGUCCACGGCCAGGUUAUUGAUGCCGUCAAGACUGUGCUGAAGCUGUAA